CACCACAGCACUGACGUGUCUGUCUGUAUUUCAGUGAGGGAGUGAUGAUUGGUCUCUCUUUCAGAAAGCUCAGUUCUCUGUGGUUACUUCAGCCUGAGAAAUCAACAUGAUGCGCCUCGUUUCUGCAGUUCUGGCUCUCUGUCUGAGUCUGUGUGCGGCUGAGACCUGCACAGAUCCGGUCAUCUCCACCUCCUCAUACACAACAAAUGAUGCAGUCAUCUCCUCUGAGACGGUCUUCAUUGUUGAGCUGAGUCUGGCCUGUGGAAAUGGAGCCCAGAGCCUUGCCCUUUACGCAGAUGUCAGUGGCAGACAGUUUCCAGUGACCAGAGGCCAGGAUGUUGGAAAAUAUCAGGUGUCCUGGAGCGCUCCCCACAAUCAGGCUGGUUCAGGCACAUACCAAGUCAAGUUCUUUGAUGAGGAGUCCUACAGCAUGCUGCGCAAGGCUCAAAGAAAUAAUGAAGAUGUUGAAGCCAUUAAGCCUCUCUUCACUGUUAAUGUAGAUCACCGGGGUGCAUGGAAUGGUCCGUGGGUGUCUACUGAGGUCCUGGCUGCUGUCAUUGGCAUUGUUUUGUACUACCUGGCCUACAGCAGCAAAAACUCAAUUCAAGCAUAAAGAUAAUUCAGUGCUAAAUAGAUAAAUAAGCAAUCUGACAUUUAAAAAAAAUAAAUACCUCCUUAGCAAGUUUAUAUUGCCACUGCACUGCAGCUCAUUCAGUGAGGAUUUAUUAUGCUAGCGCUGCGAGUCAUUUGCUCAAACCAGAGGACUGUAAUAUAAUAAUGCAGGUUGGAUGUAGCCUGAAUGCCAAUUGUCAAUGUGUUAAGAGUUAUAAAAAUGUUCUGUCAGGCUGAUACUCUGUGGUGACAUUCCGCUGUUUGGAAUGUCUGCAUUUCAAUGAAAUUCAUUGAAUAAAAAUAAACCAUUUUUUAAACUUU